AUGAGAGAUGGUGUGAAUGCGCCGUUUGACGUAGUAUUGCAGUACUUGAAGCCAUGUAAAUUCAACGAUUACGGUCCGGAACGUAUGAUGGAGACGUGGUACUCAAAAGCGGGUAGAAUCGAGCGCCACGACCGUACUGAAAUCGCAUAUACAUUUUUCAGACCUGGUAUCGAUGACCACGCCGCAUCGGAAUUCAUGAAGAUCGAACAGCAACAGGGAGAUGUACCAAUGUAA